GUCUUUGUUAUUAUUUUGUCAUUUAGUGGACUGCAAAUUUGCUAGAUUUGAACAUUUUUCUACAUUUGACAGGCAGUCAUGGGGUUUGGCCGAGUACCCUCAUCAGCAACCGCCAAACGACUCGCUCUGGGGUUUGCGCUCGCCUUCGCCCUCCUGUACAAGCCAGCCAUUGCGGGGCCAUAUCGUGCCACUUGCUUUGCGCGCGCCUUGUAUUUCACUCAAUCAUCGAACUGUGGAGAAGCAAACGCAUGCGAUCCGCAAUGCACUGGAUGGGUUAAAUUUGGUAGCUCAAGCCCGCAAAUAAACUUCAUUGCUUCGGAACAGCAGAGCGCCACACCUCGGUGGUCAUUGGAUCUCAACGUUGGCGCGGUGGAGAACUGGGACGGCUCGGUGCAAUGGAGCGUCAGUUGCAUCGACAUCGACGGACCGAUUUUCGAUGCGGACGAUGACAUGGGUUCGUUGCUCACCCAAAAGACGUACAUCAAUGCCAAUCAAGAGUAUGGCAACAUUAACGUAAAUCCUUGGCAAGGCGUGAAUAUUGGCGCCACGACUGGUGGCGAUUACAACAUUCCCGCAGUGCAAGUCUACUAUCGCGCCAUGUGUGAUACCUUCUUUUAUGGCACGAGGUGCAGCGAAUACUGCAGAGUGAACGAUCCUCCCGCUUGUACUGGCUGCAACACUCAAACAGGCGUUUGCACUUGCUCGGUCGGCUAUGGGGACAAGGACUGCGGCACGUGCACCCCCAACUACUACCCGAACGGCGUAUCUGGUCAGCCAGGCUUCUUUUGUCAGUACUGUUUGGCUCAGAAUAAUGCUGCCGCGUGCUACACCUGCCAGACCAACGGCGCCAAGAGCUGCUGCGUUGGCUGGAAGAAUACAAACUGCGACACCAAGAAAAACUGUGGCACCUUCUUGUUGCCUCCAGCCAACGCCGUGGCCGUCACCAGUACCUGUCAAUGCACAACGUACGGGUGCACCUGUCAGUACACAUGCAAGCCUGGUUUUACGGGCGGCUCGGCUACGACGACCUGCAUGAACAAUGAGCUGUGGACCUGGAGCUCGACGCUCGCCUGCAAUGACAUUGACGAAUGCGCUCCUGGUGGUGGCAACCAGUGCGCGCAAAUUUGUACCAACACCAUUGGCGACUAUUCCUGCUCUUGCAACUCGGGAUACGCCAUCAGCAACGCUGGUCGCGGGCCGAACGGCUGUGUCGACAUCAACGAGUGCUCGACACACAACGGAGGCUGCGGCCACAUUUGCAACAACGCUCUCGGCACGUACUACUGCACAUGCCAAGCGGGAUGGCGUCUGCAGCCCAAUAGCCGGAACUGCACGGAAAUCAACGAGUGCCAGGAAGGCUUGGACAACUGCGACGGGAAUGCCAUCUGCACCAACACCAUUGGCAGCUUUGAGUGCCAAUGUGCGUCGGGCUUUUCCGGAAACGGCACGGUGUGCACGGAUGUCAACGAGUGUUCCACGUCUCCUUGCGAUGAACAUGCGUCCUGCACAAACUAUGCCGGCAAUUUCACAUGCACGUGCGCGGUUGGCUACGAGGGCACCGGGUUUGAGUGUGCCAUCAAAAGCCGAGCUUCCUUUGCUGAAGAUUCGCGGUUUAUGCUCAUCCCUGAUGGCGGGGCGGGCAUGAGCAGCACCAUCAAUCUUCGUGUCGAGAUGGUCCCUGAAGUGAAUGGCACCCCGGUUUUCUUUAACGUCUCGUCCGUGGGUGCCACCGUCGGCACAGACUACCUCGUGGCGACCGCAUCUCCGCUCAUGUUCAACCUGGCCGACACACACAAGAAUAUUUCGAUCGUACUGAUUGGUAGCGACCGCUCUGCGACAAUACAGAGCAUCCAGGUUCAAUUGCAGGGCGCAAGCAGCCAGUUCACUACCGCAACAAUCGUCAUUGACGCGCACGACAACCAAACGGGGGUGGUGAGGUUUGCCGAGGAAUCACGCGCGUUUCGGGUGGACAUUACCGCUGGCACCUACUCUCUCACGAUUGAGCGUUACUCGUAUGCAUCACUCGUGAAAGCCAUCAAUGUCACUGUGAGGUGCGAUUUCCCAGUGCCCCAAAACAUUUCGAUCGUGAUUCCCGCAAAUCAAGCCGCAGCAACAAAGGUCAUUCAGCUGCCAUUCUCGUCUGUGCCUACUCUUGAUGCCGAGCACACGUAUACCAUCGUAGAUGCAAUGGUAACUGGCAGUGGAUCUGCCGCGGCCAUCGGGUACUAUUCGACUUCUCGCGUGACCGUGAACGCACACGACGACCCUUAUGGUGUGUUUGGAUUCAGCUUGACUCACGUGUCAGUGGCGGAGAGCUCUACGGGCUUUGUGCAGUUAAAGCGACUCAAGGGCACUCUGGGAACUACGGUCGUUCGUGUGCGCAGUUUGACUUUGAGCUCAGGUCAAACAAAUGGUGUGGGAAUUGCAUCCCCAAGCGACUAUGCUGCUGUUUCCCAGCUUGUCACUUUCAGCGAAAACGAUGUCGAGGCCCAUGUCUCUAUUGCAGUGCUUGCUGAUGGUGUCCCUGAGCUGGAUGAAAUGUUUGGUCUGCUUUUGGAGUAUGUGUCCGGACCUGGCCGUGUCGAUGCGACAUUGGCGCUGGCGUUGGUCACCAUACCCGAGAACGACAAUGCGCGUGGUGUUCUCUCAAUCACGCGGGUGUCCAGUUGCUUUGAAGAGUCGCCCCUUGUUGGUGGAGUUCCUCAGCCGAACAACACGGUGGCGAUCGAAGUCAUCCGCUCUGGUGGUCUGUAUGGUGCCAUUGCAUUCACCUGGUCAAUGCACAGCGGAAGGUUCAAGAACACGACGCUGUCCGCCGACAAUCGAGCAUCAGCGCCCGAAGAUUACACGGCCUUGUCAACUCAAGCAGUGAUCAUCGCUGCUGGCGUGGACCGUGCACAGAUUGAAGUGAUGCUGCUGGACGAUGAAAUCCCGGAGUUGGACGAGUACUUUUGGGUGCAGCUGGAUUCGGCAAGCUAUGGCGCGACCAUUGACCCAGUCAGCAACUUUACAGACGUUUGCAUCGGCAUGAACGACAAUCCAUUCGGAGCGUUGGCGUUCGAGAGUGUCAGUCUCACGCCGAGUGCGACGGGCGAGAGCCGUCUGCUUGUUCGCGAGAGCGAUGUUGUGACUGUCGCUGUUUCGCGUGUCGGUGGCACGUUCCGCCGAGUGUCGGGAGUUGUCUCCAUCGCGCAUGAAACAACCAGCUCGGCUGACUUUGCUGACAGCUCCGCUCGCACUGUCACGUUUGAACCUGGACAAAGUACUGCGUUGGCAUCAUGGACGAUCAGCGCAGACAGCGCACAGGAGCCGACCGAGCUGUUCAAGCUUGUUUUGACGGCGAACGGAGCCAGCGCUGGUCAGGAAGCAACUUUUCUUGUUGGCGCGACGUCGUUGGACUCUACCAUCCCGUGCGCUAUUGAAGCCCAGGAUGGUGUAAACGGCGUUUUAUCUUUUGUUCAACCGACGGUUUCUGUCGUCGAGGAUGACGGCAAGGUCACUCUGACAGUGCAACGCGUCGGCGGAAGUGCCACAGCAGUCAGUUUCCAAGCCACCGCAAUGCCUCUUUCCGCAUCCGGCGACGACUUUGACGCGUCAAAUCAAAACAACUCGUACACGCUCGCGGUUGGGGAGACAUCUGUCUCGUUUGACAUCCAAAUUGAGAAGGACGCAAUUCCAGAACUCGACGAGACGUUCACGGUGACGCUCGUCAACGUGGCUGGUGCAACCUUGUCGUGGACGUCAGUGGCGACUGUGACCAUUCUGAAGAAUGACGACGUCAACGGCGUGGUCGAGUUUGCUCCCUCUUCGGGCCAAAAUCCACUUGUAACGAUCGUCUCCGAGGACGCUGGCGUCAUUCGUUUGUCACUGUGGCGAGAGGUCUCACAAGUCGGUCUCGUCACAUUGAGCUUUGUCCUAUCAACCAACGUCACAUCCGAUCCUGCAUUUGCUCCGCUGUCAGGCCUGAAUUUGCCAUCCCGGUUUGCCGAUCUGACGCUCGACGUGACCACAGCACCUUUCAUGGUCACGUUCGAAGACGGCCAAAAUCAGACCGAGAUUGUCCUACCGUUGCAUGACAAUGGUCUCCUGGACGGGGGUCGGGUCUUGUUCGUCCGACUGGCAAAUGUGCAAGGAGGGGCGCGCCUCGGCACUGCGCAAGCAAUGGCCAUUCUCAUCAGGGAUGAUGAGAGCUCAGCCGGCUCCCAACCCGAUUCCAACUCUGCACCGAUUGGAGCUGCCGUAGGUGCUGCAGCUGGAGGCAUUCUGUUCGUUUUGGUCCUCGUGAUCGUUAUUGGAAUGUUGCGUCGUCGUGGUCGCUCUCGGCAAUCUGCCAUCCCAACAUCCAAGCCCUUGCCUGCUGCUGCUGAGCCAACCUAUGAAGCAGUGUCUCGGAACCAUAUGUAUGCAAACGCUUUACUGACAUCUGGCGGUACCUACGACUCUCCGCAGCAGCAGCAGCAGCAGCAGGAAGAUCCCUACGAAUUUUUACCGCAGAUUGUCAGAAAUGCCAAUCCCGUUUAUGCAGAGGCACCGACGUACGAAGCAUUGGCUCGGAAUCCAGCACUAGACGAUACCUACGACUCGCCACAACAGCCGACUCUCGUGCCGAGCAUUCCCGACAAGCCUCGGGCGCUUAAUAGUGCAAAUCGCGCGUCCGUGCCUGCAAGGGUUGUCUCAACGGCUGGCGCGCCAGACUUUGGAGCUAUGCGUGCGAGCUUUGCCGGGGCGAAUGCAAAUGCGAAUGUGCCCUCGGAAAGCGACUAUGACGCACUCUACAUCACAACGCUUGAUUCCUUCCAGCGAGAGCAACAGUUUUCUCGCAACGAGCUUCAGUUCACGACUCAACUCGGCGCGGGCAAUUUUGGCGAGGUCUGGCUGGCACAUGUACCCGCUCGGUGGCUCUCCAAGCACGCUCGCGGGUCUGACUCAUCGGGUGCGACCACUGCUGCUGUCGCGGUCAAAACGCUCAAAUCCGACGCAACGGACAAGAGCAAGAGCGACUUUGCCAGCGAAGCGCAAAUCAUGCGACGCUUCAGCCAUCCCAACAUUGUUUCGGUUGUCGAGGUCUUUGUCGAACAGGAGCCGUGGAUGCUCGUGCUCGAGCUGCUCGUGUACGGUGACUUGCGCAAUGUCAUUCAGUCAUGCUCGUCCAGGGGACUCGUGCCAACAGUCGGGGAGUAUCUGCACAUCUUUUCGCAAGUGGCAAGCGGUUUGUCGUAUCUGGCCGAACUGCACUUUGUGCAUCGCGAUAUCGCAGCACGCAAUUGUCUUGUGGGCACGGACUUGGUGGUCAAGAUCUCCGACUUUGGUCUUUCUCGCGAGUUGGACGAGCAGAAUUACUAUCGCAUGCAGACGCGCGGAGCACUUCCCGUUCGUUGGAUGUCCCCCGAGUUUUUGCUCUUCCGCAAGUCAUCGCCUGCGUCCGACGUCUGGGCGCUAGGUGUGCUCAUGUGGGAGGUCAUGUCAGCCGGAUUGAGCCCAUAUCCGGGUAUCGAGCCAAAGGCGCUCGUGGACUUUUUGGAAAAAGGUGGACGCUUGCCGCGACCAGACCACUGCAGCGAUCCGCUCUGGCAAGCCAUGUCGAAUUGCUGGAUGUGGGAAGCUGAGAAUCGCAUCGAUGCGCGUCAGUUGCACGCUGCCUUUGCUCACAUGGCUGCUCAACAUUCUGGUGGCGUUCGCGAUCUGGGAGCGUUGUUAGCGAGUGCGAAGUGAAGGCACAUUUUGUUAUGUUUGUCGUUGUUUUUUGCUGCUGUUUGGCGUGAGAUCUGUAAAUUCUGGUUUUGUCAGCAUCAAUCACAUUUGAAUAUAGCGUUUGUUCGGAAG